AUGGGAGUCUUCUGGUGUUUCCUUGGUUAUUAUCUGUGUGGUCCGAAUAAAGAAACGAUUGAAUUAUCGAGAAAACACGUUAUGGAUUCUUUUGAGGAACCAAUUGAUAAUUUCAUUUAUCUCGGAGGAACGAUUUACACAAUUUCAAAUGAUGGAACUAUUAUUCUUCAUUAUAAACUAUUAACUGCAGUGUCUUUGAUGUCUUCAACUGUGUCAAUUUCGUUCAUAAUAAUCACAUUCUGCGGACUGAAAUGUUACCAUCUUAUUCGAAACAUGAUAGAAACUUCUUCCACAAUCUCAGCAAAAUCAAAAUCUCUUCAAUCGCAACUAUUUUAUGCUUUGGUUAUCCAAAUAAUUAUUCCAACAAUUCUACUUGAUAUUCCAAUAACUGUAUUCUUCAUGUUGACUCUAACAAACAACGGAAUCGAAGGAUACAGUGGAUAUCUAUCAUUUCUCAUUACACUCUAUCCUGCAAUUGAUCCUCUUCCUAACUUUUUCGUUAUCAUACCCUACCGGAAAGCUCUUUUGGGUUGCUUCAGGAAGCAGGACCGUCGAAUAACUGCAGAAACUACGGUACCUCCUAACUCGAUUCAUUAUCAUUCUUCGAAAAUUUAG